AUGGCACCACAACUUUAUUGGCCAAUUGAUCCGCCAGCACAAUCUUAUCCUGUUUUACUUAAUUGGUGGAUAAGUCAAUCUACUAAAGGACGUCAUGUUUAUGCUGGAAAUGCUGCAUAUAAACUGGCACAAGGUUCUGUUCAAUAUGAAGCAAGAGAAAUAGCUCGUCAAGUAAAUGUAACUCGAUCAAUGCGUGAUCGAUUAGCACUUGGUAAUAUUUAUUUUUCAACAAAAGAUAUUAUGAAUAAUAUCAAAGGUAUUCAAACAAUACUCGCUGAACUUUACAAACAAAAAGCUAUGAUUCCAAAAAUGAAUUGGCUUUAA